AUGAUGUACGUCCUAGGCACGAAUGGGGUUCUGGCAUGCACCCAGGACUAUGGCAUUAUCUUUGCGACUGUCCUUGUCAUACUUCUACUUCUAGCCCACUGGCGGCCGGCUCCGAUCGUGGCCCGAGAUUCUCCCAAUGAACUGCUCCCUAAUCGGCCGGAUGAAGUUAUGGUUCCUGGCUCUGCGCCACCAAGCCCUCCCGCAGCACAAAUCCCCGCCCCUACCAGUGGCGUCGAAGAUCCAGAGCAAGUAGACCCCCAAAGUGGAGAGCCUGAUACUCCCAAUCAGCCACCAGACGCACAGCCGGCGCAGGCACCUCAGCCACCCAGCAAUAGUCAGGCAGUUGAUCUUCAGGAUGAGGACCUAUCAGGGCUGCCAGACGAAGUAGACGCGUUGCCCACUCAACAACAGGCUUCGCCUGUACAGACUCCCGUGGGAACGCCAGCACGGGAGCAAUCGAUUGAGACUCCGGAUCAGGCUGAGGCUCAUACUGAGACGCCCACCGCAGAUGCAUGGACACAGACAAACGCAUCUCUUCCUUGGCUACAGCGCUGUAUGACUUGGCUCUUCGACAGUGAGGCGGCGCGCACAGCAAGAGAAAAUGCUAUUGAGGCAGCUAGGGCUGCUGCUGAGCAGGAGCAUAAGGACUUCCUAGAGCAAUCUGGUCUGGCGAGCGGUGCAGAACACGAGGAGCCACAAUCGUCAAACGACGCCAGCGAAAGUCCAGCUGCUGAUUCUUCGAUGAUAUCUCAGCCUACAGAGACUGAGCAACAGCACCGGGCUACUGUUGAAGCUGAGAAACCUGAGGAAGCAAUGGCAGCUAUCCCAUCAGAGACGACAACUGAAGCUAUUCCAGACCCUGCGGCUCAGCUGCCAGUGACAUCGGUGGGUGCUGAUACAUCGGCAUCUUUGCGUACCCUCACUCCAGCCGCCACGUUCAAACAUACUCCUCUGUUCGAGCCUACUCCUCUGACAACGACCACUCCCUCUACCAUCGCUACUCCUGCGAUACCAGCCAUUUCCUCCAAUUCUCUGGUUGUACCUACUCCCGUCAUUACGCCUACCGAUGUACCAAAGUCUGCCACAUACACUACUGAGCCUUCGUCAUCGCUUGACAUCACGUUCGAUCUUCCUACCAUCGUAGUCAACGCACCAGAACCUGAGACGCAAGAUGGAUACACGCCCAUGACAUUUGUUCCCAUUGAGAUGAUGGAACUCGCUACACCCGCCAAGCACACGCCUCCCAAGGACCCUGCUUCAGAAUCUGUCAAUGCACCAGAUCACCAAGCUCUAGCCGCUGGUCUAGUGCAAGGUCAGGGAGAGGACGAUGGGCAAGACGAUGGGCAAGAUGGUGUGCAAGAAAGCGACGAAGAGGAAGACGAGGUCGAAGGCGAAGAAGAGUUCGAUUUCGGUGGGAGUCCCACGAUAGGCACAUCAGCUCCGCUACAGCCAGCGAGUCCUAUAGAUGCCGAGAUUGCUGCAGCACUUGAGAGGCAACGCGAGGAGGUGCGAAGAGAGGCUGAGCAGAAGAAGGUCUUGACUCCUAUGGAGGUUGCUUCUGGUGGAGCACCAGCGCCUGGUGACGGUGAUGACGACGAAAAUGGCAACCAUGAUGGAGAAGGUGACGACUCUUCACACAAUACGCCGAUAUCUGGUGCCCCGAAGCAUGCCACUCCUGAACCCGGCAAUGAACCUUCUUCGCCAACGGAUAUGCCAAUGAGAGGCACGAACGACGACCCUCCAGCAGCUACGCCCACGACCAGUGUCAAUGAAACUGUCCCCGACUUACUCUCGCAACCAGCUCCCGGCACGGCAAAUAGUCGUCCUUGGGCCCCUUUCAGCUCGCUUCCUUCCAGCAGGACUGAGCCGCCUAUGUUCACAGAAGAGGAACUUAAGACGCAAUUCGCCCUUCCUGCCAUCUACAAUCGGCCUGCCGCUCGGCCCACAGACCCUGCGCAUCCAGACUCCGCAGAACAGUGGCGUAACAGGCUGCUGGGAGGCCCUAGUACGUUGACCAUUAUGAGGCGAGAACGUGAAGCUGCGGCUCGAAGGGCUGGUGGGGAUGGUGGAGAUGCGCCGCCUGGCCCUGGUGGUUCUUCUGGUGGAAACGGCGGCGGCGGUAGUGGGGGUGGAGGUGGCAGUGAUGAUCCCCCCUCUCCUUUCGAUCCAUCGCGCGGUAGUGGAGGCGCGAACCCUCCAUCGCCGUCGGGUUCAGCUGGCUCAGGACCUAUGGAGGGGAUCGACGAGGCUUCUUCGAGCGACGAGGGGCAGAACGGUGAGAGCGAUCCCCAUAGUCAUAACAAUGAUGACAGUCAGACUUUGAACAACCAAGCUGACACCAACGAUCAGAUGGAUAAUGGCGACGACGGUAAUGAGGGUGGUGGCGACAAUAAUGGCGAUUCAUCCGCACAGCCUGGAGCUUCCAACGAUGCUGGCAUUCCCAUGACUACUACGCCCGCGGCCUUUGAUACUACUGCCACGCCUGACGACGAUGGAGAUGUCGAUAUGUCCGAUCUAUUCAAUGUCGAUAUGUCCGAUACCGAUUUGGACGAUAUCAAUAUGGACAACAUCAAUCUGGAUAACAUCAACUUGGACGGCAUCGAUUUCGACAAGAUCGCCAACUCUGGCUUCAACAAUGAGCAAACGCCAACCACCACCACCGAUGGCAUGAGGAGACAGCUGGUGCCUCUCGAGGGACUAGAACAAAACAGCGAAAUGCCAACAAGUCUGUAUCUGUCUCCCGAGGACGAGCAAUACGGUGAAAUGGCAGAACAAAACAUAUUCGCUGAUAUUGACGCGUAUGAGGCGCAGAAUGGGCCUAUCGAGAAUCCACCUCCCAUGUUUGAGCCUCAGCAGUAUCCGACAGACGGGGAAAGCUUCGAUCAUCUUCUCGGAAACGGCGGCGAUGAUUGUCCUUUACCGAACCAGCAGCCAUCGGUCAUUGUUCCUGGGCCUCUUAAGGAUGCGCCAGAUGCGUUUGACCCAUUCUCGAACGCGAACUGGAGUGCCGAAUUUGGGGAUGCUACGCAAACUGAACAGGGUGACGAUGUGUCAGAUCAAGAGAUCGUUCGUGCCGCCGUUGCAAAGGCAUUUGGAGAAGAUCAGGGGCCGGCACGAGAUGGUCUAACUCCACCACCAUCAACACACGGAGACGACAUUGAUCUCGAAGACUACGGAGUUGCUGAAGACAAUGAGGAACUCAUCGCUGGGCUUUCGAAUGUCGAUCUUAGCGUUGACCAGACCGACAACAAUGACAAAGCACGAGUCUCGCCAGAUUCAGGAACUCAACGAGUAUGGGACAGUGACUUCAACAAAGCUCCGGACAACGCUGAACAUGAAUACAAACACCCAGUUGAGUUCACGACUAUCAGACCGAGAACACGCUGUGUACAACUUCGGGAGGACCACAGGAUCGUAGAGAAUCCCGAACAUGCGGAAAAUCGAUCAGCCGGCAUGGAGUCGCUAGACGAACUCACCGGGCGCCAAGGUCAAGUCUUCCGGGAAGUUCCCAUGGACACGUACGAAAUGCGAGGAGAAAGUCACGACGACUACAAAGAUGCACAAGAGCUGAUGGCAUGGUUUGACCCAGAUGCUGGAGGUGCUGAACCUCGAGGUGAUCCCUUGCCAGCUGGUUCUGACGAUGGUAGCGCGUUGUCGGACGAAAUCGAUGACGAUGAACUGGACAAGCUUGCCAAAGAAGUGGAAAAGGAUCAGUUGGAUGAACUGAAUAAAGCGUCCAAGAGAACACGAGACCUUUCUGAUGACUCAGAUUUAGAAGCAUCGGAAAAGAUUCCAGAUGAUCCAGCAACUCCCCAGAAGGAGAGUUCAGGUGCACGAGCUGGUACUCCGAAGAAGGGCCGCUUCAGAGGUCCAGUCUCAUUUGAUACUGAGGAAGAAGCUCGUUUUGAGAAGAACGAUGUGGAAAAGAUCAAAGACCUUCCAAUAUGGCAGAAGCUGAAGGAGGCCAAAAACACAUCGACGAGUCCACCGCCGGCGCAACCAUCUCCAGUCGCUAAUCCUGGUCUUCCGCCUCGCCCGACUACACAAAGUACACUUAGCGCGCCGUCGAUGUCAAGCUCGAAUUUUAUUUCCCCAUUUUCGUAUGACAGACCGCCGCCGCCUUCACCUCUAGCAGGUGGUUUCGCACCGGGAGGUUACGCACGCUCGUAUAACCCAGUCACUUUGCACGAGAGGAAGAGCACGUCUCCUUAUGCAGGUAUACCGACUCUCGGCAGCCUUAGUACACCACGCGGUCAAAGUGGUAAUGCAACACCGUCUCCUCGGAGUUCAAGCUACCCAGCCAUGAAGCUGCCCGACGCUGCACUAUCGAACGCAAGAAGCUUGCUCAAGCCGGCAUCCGCCCGCCAUCGUGCACAACCUACAGCAGGUACAGCGACUACAGAUUCCCCGGUCGCCUCGCCCGCGUCCAGGCCCAUGCAGUCUUCGGCGGGCAUGAAAUCAAGCAAUUUACCGACUACUCCGCCAGCUUACGACCCGACACAGCCUGCGGCGGGAUACACCCCGAAAUCAGCGUCAGACUUCCGGGCCCAGUUACUACCCUUGUCUGGAUUGAGUGUACCACAGAAGCCAUUACCACAGCUCAGUGCGAUAACACAUCCGGGUAGGCCCGCAGCGCAAGAUGAAGAUGCGGCUGGAGACCAGACCUCGCAAACUCCUGGAGGCGAUGACAAAAACGAUUACGAUAGCGAUGUUGACAGCAUUUACGGUCACGACAAAGAGAAACCUCAGCAAUCCUAUCAGCGACAACAAUCGGGCAAUGCUGCGCAAACGAGUGCCCCAGCUCCUGGAACUCCCACUGUAACUGUGAUAACGAGCCUGUCGUUGACGACGAAGACGCCAAUAUGGGCGGUUGUAGCCCGCCUAUAG